AUGACGUUACGAUUUAAUAAUGCAGUCGAUCGCUCCGUCAUAACGGCGCAGUGCGAGUAUGACUUGAAGACAGUGACGAAGCGGCUCAUCGCGCAGGCUAAGCGGAAGGGCUCCCCAGACAAUAUCUCAAUAAUCGUGGUCUUCCUGAAGGACCCGCGUGACAUCGUAGCCGACACCUGCCCGCCCAUGGAUCUUGGGCUGGAGAGCGCGCUGUCGAACGCGUCGCCGUACGCCGCCGAGGCGGACGUCCGUAAGCCGGACGCCGUGGCGGUGGGGUUGGGCGCGGAGGGCGGCGUCGACCCCGACGCGGAGGGCGACGCCGACAACGGCGUGUCCGACAGCGACAGCGAGGACCUCGGCCCCGAGACCGCGGUGGACGUCGACGACGCGGACGCCGCCGACGCAGAGGUGCGACGCCACGAGCCCGCGCCGCCGACGCCCCCCGCGCACGCCGUUUACGUGGAGGCGGGCCACGUCGACGGCGUUCUGGUGGAUAAUGUAGCUGAGAGUGGCGAGGACUCCGAGGACGAGUGGAAUUAUUACAAAGGCGAAGGUGAACCUGAACGCGACGAGCACAACCCUAGCGAGGAGGCCGACGAGCCACCGCGCUCUGAUACACCCUGUCAAGAUAAUUCGGCUUGGGAAAGUAGCUCAGUAGACAUGAACAGUUCACCGCUUAAUCCGGAUGCCCCAGUCUUUGUGCCAGGAGGGGUGGCAGGUUCUGAUGUGUUACUAGCUGAAUCACCACGCAAACCACUGCCUAUGGAUGACAUUGAGCUACCUGAUGUAGCUCAGUUCCAGACUGAAGCAGUCAUCAGGCCGGCUGAAUUAUUGGACAUGGAUAAUUCUGAUCAACUCAAUGGUCAUCAUAAUGUUUCAUUAGAUGGUGCAACCGAGCAGAUAAAUGGAAAUGGUAAAUGUAAUAUGGACAGUUUAGGAUUUGGUUUCAAUGUUGAUGUUGAAUCUGAUAAGAUGAAAGAUACUAGCUUGAUACAAGAAUUUGAAAGAAUACAGAAAGACACAACAGAUUAUUGUGAUAUACAGGUAUUCCAAGCACAUACUGAAACAAAUCCCUUUGAUGAUCGAGACGAUGAACUAUUUGAAAGACUGAAGAAUAAAGAAAGAGAUCCAAUGAGCAUGAGCUUUUAUCAGGAAAAAGAUGAUGAUACCUGUGAAAGAUUUGGUAGAAGUGAGGAUCACAUUGAUCUUAAUGCUGUUCAACCUUUACCAGAUAGUGACGAUGAAGACAUACAACCAAACGGAGCCUGUGGUGAUUUAAUUGAGAAUGAUAAGGAAAAUAUCUCUCCAGAGAAAAAUCCUGAUGAAUUAGAAAUUGAAGGCAUUCAGGUCCCAAAUAAUGAUAUAUUGAAAUUUGAUGAUCGGAUGGACAAUUUGGCAUGUAAUCUGAACAGUGUCGACAAUUUCAUGGAUUAUGAAAUGAAUAAUACCAAUAUGCAAUCUUAUUCCAAUGUUGAAUUUGAGUGUAGUAACAUUCCACAAGAUGUAAUGCAGACUGAUACACCUGAAUCUCACAAGUUACUCUUUGAACAAAUUCCUGAAAUUCCCGAUGGGAAAAGUUCGGAGCUAGGUUUCGUCAAUGACGAUUUACAAGACCGAUCAGAAAGCGAGAAAGAUAUAAGAGUUAUCACACCACAAGAUGAUAUAUCACAAGAUAUUGAAAUGGAAGAGAAAAUUGAGGAGUCACCUGUUACCCCAGAACUUCUUACAGAUAUUAAAGAUGAUUUGCAAAGGGAAAAGGAUGUGAAAUCUAUGAGUGAUGUUCCUAAUGAAAAUACAAAAGAAAUUGAGCGUGAAUCUGAAUUUAUCAGAAAAUUGGAUAGAUCUGAUUCUAGUGAGCCACAUGAAUCUUCAGAAGUAAAUAAUCAAACUGAGGUGAUUAUGCAUGAAGUACCUCAUGAUAUAAAACAAACCAUCAGAGCUGAAGAAGAAUUGGAACAAGCAAAAGAAAACGAUGCUCUUGAAAAUGAAGUUAUUCCUGCUUCUAAUUUGAUCGAAAGUGAUAAUACGAAAGAAACACCAGAAAUUCGGCUUGACACUGAAUUUAUAUCCACAGAAGACCAGGAAAAUAUUAUUUCAAAUUCUACAUCACUACCCGAUUCCCCAGUGGCAUCGCCACUUCCUGCAGAAUCCCAGAUGCUAGGCGACCAUGAAGUUUUAUCGUCGUCAGCUUUGGAAACCAAAUCUCCUAUUCCAGCAGAUCUGUUAGAAGAUUCAAGAUCGCCAGUCUCAAUGCAGUCUCCAACACCCUUAGAUUCCAUAAAUGAAAGGGUGUCACCAGUACCACAAGAAGACAGCACUAUACCUCCACGACCCGCUGAAGUUCCACUUCCAAGAGAGUCCCCGUUACCAUCUGAGUCACCCUUACCGCAAGAAAACCGUGAUGUAGCCGAUAUACAUAUUGAUUCUCCCGUACCACCAAAUAUUUCAUCUAUACCAUUAAGUGAGAUAGACACCAAACUGGUUCUAGAGUCUCCUUUGCCUGCAGAGUCUCCCCUGCCUUCAAAGUCUCCUCUGCCUACAGAGUCUUCUCUGCCUGCAGAGUCUCCUCUGCCUGCGAAGUCUCCUCUACCUGGAGAGUCUCCUUUGCCUGCAGAGUCUCCCCUGCCUGCAGAGUCUCCCCUGCCUUCAAAGUCUCCUCUGCCUACAGAGUCUUCUCUGCCUGCAGAGUCUAGUCUACCCGCAGAGUCUCCUCUGCCUGCGAAGUCUUCUUUGCCUGCAGAGUCUCCUCUGCCUGCUGAGUCUCCUCUGCCUGCUGAGUCUCCUCUGCCUGUUGAGUCUCCUCUGCCUGCUGAGUCUCCUGCACAAGAUUCUAUCGUCAGUGAGUCGACGUUACCAAUUGAGGAUGCGCAGACAGAGUCUCCAUUGCCUCAAGAAUUAGAACAAAAAUCGUCCGUUCCCGAUGAAAUAUCGCAACCAACGGAAAUAAUAGAAAUUAUUGAAAGUUCUGUUACAGAAGAAACAAAGUUAGGGUCUGAAUCAGUUCCGCAAAUUGUAACAGUUCCUACAAUUGAGUCUGUAAAUCGACUGGAAAGUACGCCUGUCUCGGCCGAAUUACCAUCGGACAAUUUAAUACCGACGGAAGCCAUGACUAGCGCAAUAUCUCCUGAGCCUGCUAUGUCACUAGCCCCUGCCGUCUCACCUAUGCCAUCGUCUGUGGACACUGAAGAAAUUAGGCAACCCGCAGAUGCGACAUGUGAAUCUAGACUCACGCCGGAGAUUCCACAGGACAUUCCCGUAGAGGUAGUGGAGUCUGAGGUUAUGCCCCAGCUAGAGACUGUGGUUGCCGAUACCACAUCGGGACCUACGCCGGACAUUGUACCUGACGAGCGCGUAGAUUUACAACAAACGCGAACUGAACUUGUGACUGAUAUCGAUAUCGGCAUCCCUGAGUCUAGGGCGCAGGAGAUUUGCGUACCAGUCACCAGCGAAAUUCAAGAAGACGAUGCUGUAGAACCGAGCGCCGCAACUCCCCCUCCCACUCCGGCAGUGGAGCCCUCGCCUCCGGCACCGGCCUCGCUCGAUAUCGCGCCUCUCAGCGAGACUCCCAUCGCCGCCGACACGGGCGUAUUGGCGGCCGCUGCAGCGCUUACUGCCGGCGCCGCCACCGCCGCCACUGCCGCCGCCGUCGCCUCGGCAAAGACAAAGACUCCGGCCGCGAAGAAAUCUCCGACAACGCCGACGGCGAAAACGCCGAAAUCCGCCGCCAAACCGACCGCAACAACUAGAGCGCCCACGUCUGCCACAAAGAAACCCGCAUCCGCAGCGGCGUCGCCAGCGACCCGGACCCCGACCGCCCCCAAACCGGCCGUUGCCAGGACGUCUUUGAGCGCGAAGCCUUCGACGCCCUCCACGAAAUCCGCCGCCGCCAAACCGAGCACGCCGUCCGCUAAGCCGACGACCUCCGCUUCGAAGCCGGCGGCGCGGCCUUCGCCGGUGCCCGCAAAGGAGGCGCCCGCAGUGGCCAAGGCCGCUCCGGCUGCUCGCACGGCGACCCGCGCCCCCGCCGCCAAGCCGCCGAGCGCAAAGCCCUCGUCCGCCGCGGCGAAGGCGACCGCGGCUGCAAGGAACGCCGCCGCCGCGGCGCCGCGCCCCAUCACUCGACCGGCCUCCAGCCGCCCAGCAGCGCCGCCAAAGGAGGCGAAGCCCAAGGCCGCUGCGCCGAAACCGCUGACCAACGGUGACGUGAAGCCUGCCGCGAAGCCCGCUCCCAAACCGGCGCCCACGGCGCGGCCCGCUCCUCGCGCCGCCGCCCCGCGCCCUGCGCCGCGCUCCACCGCCGCCGCCCCCAAUGCAGCGCCGGCAAAAGCACCUGCGACGCGACCAGCUGCCCGCGCCCCCUUAGAUAAACAGAGCAAGGACCUCGCCAAUAAGCGCAUCACUGCCAAAGCUGCGCCCCCGAGGACUGUCCCCACUAAGGCCCCGACAGGCUUGAAGAGCGCCAAGGCCGGCGUGAAGAAGGCCGAUUCCCCGAAGAAGGAGGCGCGGCCCAACGGGCUGGCGAACGGCGACGCGCUUGCCAAGCCUCCCCCCAGCCCGCCGCCCGCCGACAACGCUCUGCUCCCCGACGUGAUCGCG